AAGGAAUUGAUGCAAGAUCUGCUGGGGGGUGGAAUGGAGGGUUAAACUCCAAACGGCAGGCAAAUAACCUGCACACUGUACAAUUCCAAAGUUUUCAGGCAGUCUCUGCCUGUCUCUUGCUCUCUUACACAUACAUUCCCCACCCCCCAUUUUCUUUUUCUCCCAAAUCAAAUCCCCUUCGUGCAAGCAAUUCUGCUGACUAAUCAUGCUUUGACUUGUUUGUAGAGGUAUUGUACGCUAAACCGGUUCCUCUUUCUUUUUGUUGUGAUGCCAGCAGCUGGCAAAGCAGACCUGGUUUAGGAGACCUGGUUUAGGAGGACAAUCAUUUGUGUGAACUGCAGCAGAGGAGCUGGGGACUUAGGCAAGCAAAACGUUUCAUCCUUUAGAAGAUGUCUAUGCUGAAUGCACGUUCCAUCCUGGUGACUGGGUCCAACCGGGGCAUUGGCUUAGAACUGGUCAAGCAGCUGGUGGAGAAAAGCAACAGACCAGAAUGGAUCUUUGCCACUUGUCGGGACCCAGAGGGACCAGGUGCUCAGGUGAGCUCCAGGGAAGGGCCAGCAAUCCUGUAGAAUGGGUGCCUAAACUAGUGAAUUCCCUCUGAUGCCAGGGAAAUUGUGCCUAGGGUUUAUGUGGAGCUGUCUGAUAAGAUUUCUUAAGCUUCCUGUUGUUCAGGCACUUCUGCAGAGCAACAACAAAUCAAGAUAUACAUCCCCAUAGAGAAAAAACUUGGAUGAUGUGUGUAUCAGAGACCAGGUCAGGUAGUUUUUUUCUAUUGUGAUAAGAAUUUUAAGGUCUUAGAUAUGUAAUAAAUGUUCAUAAAUGUACCAAGCAAACACGUACAGUGAUACCUUGGGUUAAGUACUUAAUUCGUUCCAGAGGUCCAUUCUUAACCUGAAACUGUUCUUAACCUGAAGCACCACUUUAGCUAAUGGGGCCUCCCGCUGCCACCGUGCUGCCGGAGCACGAUUUCUGUUCUCAUCCUGAAGCAAAGUUCUUAAUCUGAGGUAAUAUUUCUGGGUUAGCGGAGUCUGUAACCUGAAGCGUAUGUAACCUGAAGCGUAUGUAACCUGAGGUACCACUGUACAUAAAUAUAUAAACCACAUGUCUGAAAACCCCACAGAAAAAAAGUCCUGAACAAAUUGACCUCAAUUAUUUCUCUGCAAGGUCAAAGUGGGAAACCUCCCCAUUGUCUUUUUCCUUCACAAAUCCUGUCUUAAGGGCACAUUUAAGAUAUGAAUAUGGUGUGGGCCUAUGACCUGGCUCAGGAACUAAGUAUUUAUUAUUACAAAAGACUGGCCAGGCUCCCCAGGCAAUCCAAUCAAGUGAGCAUUAAACAGGUAACCUGUCAGACUAGAUAAACAAGUCACUCAGAUUUCUGCUGUAGACCGCCUUUUCUGGGAUGUAGGUAUGAUGUAUCUGGGGGGUGGUCUUAGGUUACACCCCUUCUGUGAUGUAUGUAUGAUGUAUGGAGGGAUGGUCUUGAGCUCCAGGGCAGGGAAUUUAAAAUGUCUAUAUAAGGCCAGCAUGAGUUUGACCAAACUGCGGGAGGCAGUGGAAGACAGGAGUGCUUGGCAUGCUCUGGUCCAUGGGGUCACGAAGAGUUGGACACGACUAAACGACUAAAUAACAAUAUAAGGCCUUGAGCGCCAUUGUUCUGGGUUCCUCAUCCCUCCUGCAUGUGGUGAGUGAGGACCCUGUUGCAACAGAUCAAUAAAGAUCAGGCUUACUAGCUGCUUUGCUUCUCAAUAUUGUCUGGUUGACCUCUGUUAUUUUCUCCUACCAAUAGGGAACCUACGUAAGUACUCUAUAUGGGCUCUUGGAUACCCCAUAAGGGAAAAAAGGGCAGAUUUUUGUUUACAACACUAUGCCUGUCUUUCCUUUAUUCCAGGGUUUGCAUUUUUAUCCAGCUAUGGAGCAUAGGAAGGGGGAAGAGACUAGAUUUCUUACUGCAGGCAAAGGAGAGAGAAGAGCAGCAACCCUUGCCAGCAAGAGCCUGGGAAAAGCACAGGGUGGCAUGGCAGCUUCUGUAGCUCAGUUGGUUACAGAAUGGUGCUGAUAAUGCCAGAGUUGCAGGUUCAAUCCUCAUAUGGGACUGUUGCACAUUCCUGCGUUGCAGGGGGUUGGACUAGAUCAUCCUUGGGGUCCCUUCCAAUUCUACCAUUCUAUGAUAUCAGAAAGGUACGGAGUGGGAAACCUCCCCAUUCCAUAGAGGAAAGUACUAAAUUCUGCUAUUGAAAAAUGGGUACCAGGACAGAGACAGUAGCCUGAGAGGACUCUCCCAGUGCAGAGUCAAUAGUGUGGGAGUUUUGAAGAACAUUUAUGUACUGGGAGAAGAAGCAGACAGCCCCGUGCAGCCUCUCCUUGCUGGAGGGGUUGCGCGCAGCUAUGGAGCAAGCCAAGGCAGGGGGCGGGAUGGAUCCCGCUCGCUGUUUUGGCUUCCCCUUUAGCCCCGUGCAGCCUCUCCUUGCCGGAGGGGUUGCGCGCAGCUAUGGAGCAAGCCAAGGCAGGGGGCAGGAUGGAUCCCGCUCGCUGUUUUGGCUUCCCCUUUAGCCCCGUGCAUCCUCUCCCUCCCGGAAGAGGCUGUGUGGGGCUAAAGAAUCCAUAGCCCCGUGCAGCCUCUCCUUGCCGGGAGACACUGCGCAGGGCUUUCCUGGCUUUUCUGGGAGGUGGGGGGAUUCCCUCACCUUUCGCAAAACCGGCAGAAGCCGCGCACACUUUAAAAGGGCUGCACGGCUUCUUCUGGCUUUCCUGGGAGGUGGGGGGAUUCCCUCACCUCUCGCAAAAGCCCGCAGAAGCCGCACAACCCCUUUAAAGAGAUCGCGGCUUCUCCUGGCUUUUCUGGGAGGUGGGAGAAGCAACUGAUGCGGCCAGUCAGUCCCUUCUCCCUCCUGGGGAAAAGCCCGCAAGAGCGCACGGAGCUUGUGUGCGGCUCUUGGGGGCUUUUCCCGACUGCCUCCCCCCUGCAUUCGCUCCAUAGGACGCACACACAUUUUCCCUUGCUUUUUAGGAGAGAAAAAGUGCGUCCUAUGGUGUGAAAAAUACGGUAGGUAUCUUCCCUGAGCUGUCGUCGAAAGGAUAGAUUCAGGCAUAAUAUUUAUAACAUUUAACAGUUUUAAAGAUGUGCCCCUCCCUGCCCCUGUAAUUUCUGUAAUACUUCUUACAUUGUUUCAAACAAUUCAGUCCACGUUGCUGUGUUUUGUUAUCUUUCAGGCCUUGAAGAAUUUGGCUGCCAAGCAUGAGGGAGUGGUUAUCAACCCACUGGGUAUGUGCCUCUCAUCCCCUUGAUUCUCUCUCCUUAAUGGAGAAAGGUGCUGUCAUUUAAGGCCAUUUUACAGGAUCUCUGUUUCAUUUGUAUUGGUUCCUCAUUUGUAGUUUGCCGUUCCCAUGUCUUACCCAGGUUCCUGCUCUGUUUUGGGGGCAUCAUAAUUUUUGUUGGGAUCCAUCUGCCUCGAGAGACAGUGAAGUAGACCAACCUUUCUCCUCUUCUUAAAUGCAGUUCCUCCUAAUUAAAAUGUAUGGAAUUUUAAAACAAGCUGCUACACAAUCAACCACCAAUCAUGCUCCUGCACAAACAACAAAGAGAUACGGUAUGUCAGAAGAAAUGGAGGCAAUGCAUAAAAAUGAAACUUGGGAACUUGUACCUUUACCUGAAGGGAGAAAACCCAUCAGUUCCAAAUGGGUGUUUAAAAUUUUUUAAAAAGGAAGAAGCUCAAGUACAGAUAUUUAGAGCUAGAUUGGUUGCAAGGGGUUUUGCACAAAAGCACAAUGAAGACUAUGAAUUAAUUUUUGCUCCUGUAACAUAUUCUAAGACGGGACGCGGGUGGCACUGUGGGUAAAACCUCAGCGCCUAGGACUUGCCGAUCGCAUGGUCAGUGGUUUGAAUUCCCACGGCGGGGUGAGCUCCCGUCGUUUGGUCCCAGCUCCUGCCCACCUAGCAGUUCGAAAGCACCCUUAAGUGCAAGUAGAUAAAUAGGUUUCGCUUUAUAGCGGGAAGGUAAACAGCGUUUCCGUGUGCUGCUCUGGUGCCGGUUCGUCGGAGCAGCGUCGUCACGCUGGCCACGUGACCCGGAAGUGUCUGCAGACAGCGCUGGCUCCCGGCCUCUAGAGUGAGAUGAGCGCACAACCCUAGAGUCUGUCAAGACUGGCCCGUACGGGCAGGGGUACCUUUACCUUUAACAUAUUCUAAUGUUAGGCUAUUGUUAAAAAUGUUAGUUUAUUCAGCUCCGGCCCAUCUGGAGAUGAUAUGGCUCAUGUCGUCCUGAGCCCAGCAGAGUGUAAUCUCGUAGUCCGCAACGAAAGGAUGAGGCCGGUAUGGCUACAUUGCUAUUUUAUUUCGCUAUACCGAGAACACACAAAUGUACAUCUUGGCUCUGUGAGAGCAGAGAGCAACUCGCAACAAAGAAACGACAGAACAAAGAAACAGGAAACCAGUGUACGUCACAUCCAGUAACUGAACUGUGGAAUGAAAACAUUGUCUUGUGACAUGCAGCUGCUGCUCAGUGAGGGAAGCAGAAACCAACAAAAAAUAGCAGCAAAAAAGAAAAUGAAGGUUUCACAUUUUGAUAUCAAAACUGCAUUUUUAUAUGGUGAACUUGAAGAAGAAAUAUACAUGAUUCAACCACAGGGUUUUGUGAAAGAUCCAGAUCUGGUAUGCAAACUGAAAAGGUCCAUUUAUGGUUGAAACAGGCAGCUAGAUGUUGGAACAAGAAAUUAGACAGUGUGUUGAAAAAUCUUGGAUUUGAGCAAAGCAAAGCUGAUCAAUGUCCGUACACUUGUAGAGACAAUGAUGGAAUUACUUAUUUGGUGGUUUAUGUUGAUGAUCUUUUAUUGAUUUAUGAUUCAGAUAAGCAGAAAAACAAGUUUGAAAAAGGUUUGAAAACACAAUUUGAAAUUAAAAAUUUAGAUACAGUGAACAAUUACCUAGGUAUGCAACUAGACAGAGAUGAAUUAGGCUCUUUCUGAUUAGUCAAAGCAGUAAAAUUCAGGCUCUGCUAGAGUCAAAUGGCAUAGAUAAUUGUAAUCUAGUUGCUACUCCAAUGAAUCUCAAAUAUCAAAAGCAAGAUGAUAAAAAAUAAUUUGAGGAUAUUGACAAAUACAGAAGUGUAAUUGGAAGUUUGCUUUAUUUAGCAAACAUAUCCAGGCCUGACAUAUCAAAUGCAACUAACAUACUUAGCAAAUAAAAUAAAAUAAAAUAAAAUAAAAUAAAAUAAAAUAAAAUAAUAAAAUAAAAUAAAAUAAAAUAAAAUGUAACAGCUAUUAAUUAAUCAUGUACAGUAGAACCUCAGAUUUCAAACUUAAUCCAUUUCAGGAGUCCAUUUGACUCCCAAAAUGGUUCGGGAACCAAGGCACUGCUUCCGAUUGGCUGCAGGAGCUUCCAACAGCCAAUUGGAAUCUGCACCAGACAUUGUUUGAUUGUUCUAGUUAUCGAACGUUCUUUGGAAGCCAAUCACGUUCGGGAGUCAGAAUGUUCAGCUCCCAAUGCAUUUGGGAGCCGAGGUUCCAUUGUAUAUUACUGAGUCAUUUCUGCCCUUAAGAUAGAUGUUCAACCUUGUUAGACCUUACUAGUUACUGGUUAACUCGGUUCAGCAGAAUCACCUUUACAAUAAUUUCUUUGUUGCUAUAGACACUUGUAAGCCUAAUAGCAUCAAGGCUGCUGCAGCCAGAGUCACUGAGUGUCUGAAAGGAGCCGGGUUGAAUCUUCUGAUAAACAAUGCUGGGAUUGUAAGGCCAGCUUCUAUGGAAGAUGAGACACCAGAGAGUAUGUCUGAGGUGUAUAGGACCAAUGUGAUUGGGCACAUGGUAGUCACUCAGGUAAGGCUAUCCCUGGAUACAUGCUUCUUCACAGACAUUGCUCAGCAUGUUGUAGAGCUCUUAAGUUAUGGAGAACAGAAUGAUUUAUACAAGUGUUUUCUGGUGAGGAGUUCAUUGUUUGCAAAGUGUUUUUUGUUUAGUUUUUACACUUGAGCAGUAUAGAAAUUUCAUGAAAUAAAUAGGCUUGAUUUCUCGAAUGUACAGGACCUUUAGCAGCUGAACGAAAGACAGAUGUUCAACUGACACUGAUGUGGCAGUGGAUGGGCUGGACUGUUGUUUUGCUUCAGUGAUGGACUGGAUGAGAGCCAAUAAACGGAAGCUCAAUUCAGAUACAACUAAGGCACUGUUAGUGGGUAAUUCCCUAGACCAGAGGAAUGGGAGGGGGGCAGCUCUUGAUGGGGUUACACUUCCUCUGGAAGGAGCAGGUAUGUAGCUUGGGGGUACUCCUUGAUCCAUUGCUGUCACUUGAGGCUCAUGUGUUAUAUGUGGGGCUGCCUCUGAAGACAGCUUGGAAACUUCAGCUGGUGAAGAAUUCAGCAGUUGGCUUGUUCACUGGGGCAAGACAGUCUCAGCAUAUAACCAGUGGUGGAGCUUCAAGCUCUGGCGGGUGUGUGUGUGUGGAGAGCAGGCGGGGGCAUGGCUGGUGUGUGUCCCAGAGGCGUGGCGCGCAUCCCAGGGGCAUGGCUCCUAGUUUGUGGAAUGAUCUCUUCAGGGUGGCUUGCCCAGCGCCCUCAUCACAUACCUUUAGGAGCCAGGAGAAAACAUUCCCCUUCAACCAGGCCUUUGGCUGUUAAACAAUCUAUGGCCUUUUAAGUUUGUGUUUUAUUAUUAUUUUUUAUUAGUUUUAUUAGGAUUUUAAUAUUAUGAAUUUUGUGUUUUACAUUGUAAACUGCCCUGUGAUCUUUGGAUGAAGGGUGGUAUAUAAAUUUAUUAAAUAAUAAUUAUAAUAAAGGAGGACCAGAUCUCCCCACAUAGUAUAAGGUUGUCCCUUCAUUCCACUCCUUCUCCAGGCAUUCCUGCCCUUGCUGAGAAAGGCAUCUCGGGAAAGCCCCCAGAAAGGAAUGAGCUGCAGCAAAGCUGCCAUUAUCAAUGUAUCCAGUGAAGCUGGUUCCAUUACAAAUCUACUUGGAUGGGAAGUGGGACAUUCCAUCAACUACCGCUGCAGCAAGGUACAGAGGUAUUUUAUGGUGAUGCAAAGAGGGGCGCACUGAGCAGUUGGGCAAAGCUGACCCCUGCCAGGGGCACACUCAGACCAGAAAAGACUCAAACUCCAGGCAGGAUUUAGCAGAUGCACCUCUCUCCUCUUCUUCCACCUCUUACACUCCCCACCCACCUCCAGGGCUCCAGUAGCGGCACAUCUCAGCCACUCAGUGCUGCCGUGGCACUGGGCGGUGGCGGCGGGCUUUUGCUGGGGUUGCCCCUGUCAGCUGCCUGAUUUCUACGGGAGGCUGCCUGACUCGGGAGAAGCAGCAAUAGUCGAGGAGAGAAGCACGCCCCCAGCACUUCUGGGUGCAGGGGCAAAAGCUUUUGUGGACUGGAGCAUCCACUUGAUGCUCCUUUUUUAAAAAAAGAAGUGAACCUUUCUGUUGAAUCUCCCAGUACUGCAGGUAAGUGAUUUUAGAACCUGGACUUAAUUGUUUCAAUGCCCCCCCCCCACGGCAUGGCUGCCUGUAUUGUUUCAGUUCUGAAGUGCAGAAUCAACACGUCCGAUACAGCUCCUCAUGAAGGGCACAAGGGAUCCUAGGUAUGCUUCUGGAUGCAAACAAUGAAGGGCACCUGUGCUAACAUGUAGGAAGAAAGUGUCACAUUAUCAUGCACUCUUCCCCAGCUUUGCACACAGCCCUCCAUUUGUUCUCAAAGAUAUCAGCUUGUUGGAGGGCAGAUACUCCGUGCUCCUCGUUCUUUUCAUUUGUUUUUGUAUAUCAAACUAUCAAAACAUACCUUGACAGCAUUGUAGAAUCUGAAAUAACAGGAAGCCUCUGUUAACUUAUAUUUCUAACAUUUAAGAAAUAAUUACCAGUAUUUUCUCUCUCUCUCUUACAUUUGUUCUAUGCUGCUGAGGCAGUGUCCAUGUUGUUCCCAGGCAGUCACCCAUGCAGGCACUAACUGUUAGAAUUCCUGCUCCAUGAUUGCAGUCAUGGGAUUGUUGUUUAUCACAUGAUCGUGUAUGUUUUGACUCCACAGUGUAGGAAGUGACGGAGACAGGAUGUUUGUGUUACUGUGUUCCAUGAAGUGGGACUAUUGUCCUUUGUCCUUUUUCUCUUCGCUGCCUGAUACUAGAGAGGGAGCCAUGUUGCAGUGCUCCGUGUGUGUUUAUAUGUAAAUAAAGUAGAUUAGCCAACAUGCUGAGUUGCUGAGGUCUGUUACGCAAGCUGCGAAGACUCUGCGGAUGCCUAAGCGUGCCGAUGUCUGUUGGCAUCGGUCGCUGUGAUGUUCGGGCUGAAGAAAGCUUUUGAAGCUCCCAAAUGAUCGACCAGGAGGGAGAGAACAUGCCAGUCGGGCAUGUGACUCUACCAGGGUCCUACUUGAGUGUAGGACGAGCUCCUGACACUAACCAGAUCCACUCCUACUUUAAAAAGUAAAGUAACAUAGCCGAAGGUUGGAGAACCUUUAGUUCUUCACAUGUUGUUGGAUUGUAGCUCCUAUAAUUCCUUUCCCUGACCGUUGGCCAUGCUGGCUGGGGCUAUUGGGAGUUGCUGUCCGGAAAUAUCUUGAAAAUCACAGGUUCCGUGGCCCUGCCUUACUCUUACAGAUGCCUCCUGUUAACUAACUCCUGCCAGUGGGGCAGAACAUCAGUUCAAUUUGCUUUUAAAGCCCUUCCCACUUCCCAAAACAAUGCAUGAACCAAAACACAGCCACCCUCCAAAAUUCAUACUUCUCCACAUUUUGCAAUGCAGGUCUCCAGCCAAGUAAUAUGCACAAAAAUGCAUAUAUUCAUGAAUUACAUAAACGUACAUUAUAUUAGGGGAUAUUGCUGUGCAAAAAGGUGUAUAUUAGGCAAAACUGCAUACAAACAUGUAUAUAUCAUUGUUAUAAGAAAAAUACUAUUUAGGGCAACCUACAAUUUUACACAACACACAAAAGGAGUACUUCUCACUGCAUUUCCCUCAAUGGUUCCCAAUUUUACAUAAAUAAAUUUGAAUAAGGUUUCCAGUGCAGGGCAUAACUUUGUCAAACAACUAGUAUAGCCUCUGUACAUAUACAAAGUUCAUGAUUCAGCAAAUCUAUUAUGCCUAUUAAAGUGUUGCAUCUCUUGGCUUAAUUACCAUUUGAAUAAAGCCAUGAUUGGCUUUUCUUACCAGGGACUCAAGGAAGGUAAGGGGUCAAUUAAAAAAAAAAAUCAGAUUUCCCAAGGGCAGAAACUCAAAGGUUUUCACCAAAAGCCAGUACAGUGGUACCUUGGGUUACAUACGCUUCAGGUUACAUACACUUCAGGUUACAGACUCUGCUAACCCAGAAAUAGUAGCUCGGGUUAAGAACUUUGCUUCAGGAUAAGAACAGAAAUCGUGCUCUGGCGGCACGGCAGUAGCAGGAGGCCCCAUUAGCUAAAGUGGUCUUCAGGUUAAGAACAGUUUCAGGUUAAGUACGGACCUCCGGAACGAAUUAAGUACUUAACCUGAGGUACCACUGUACUGUAAUACAAAGUUGGCCAAAUUAAAUUUCUACUAAAGCCUCAGUGCUCAUGGAUCUUGUUUCCUGGAUUAAACAGAUAUAUCUGUGCCCCAGGCAAAGAAAAUUGGGAGCUACAUGCCUCCUUUAUCUACAGGAGAUAUUCAAAAAAUGUGAGUUAUCAUUAUUUUGUGUGCCCCGGCCCCGGUCAUUAGCAGAACAAUCACCUGCUCUCACAUGUAUGAUUGAAAUGGCCAGACAGUCAGAAUUCAUAAAUUUCAAAUAUAUUCCUAGUCAUUUCAGCUAUGAGCAGACUAAAUUUUCUGCCCCCCCCCCCAUGUACAGGAAAUUGGCCUAGGCCCAUCCAUUUAAAUCAGAGAUGUCCAACAGGUCAAUCAGGAUUGACUGGUUGAUCCCCAGGAAGUUCCAGUCGAUCAUGGGCUCCUUUUCCUUUUUCUGGGUAGCCUGGCCAUUCCUUUGAGAUGGUAAAUACUUAGUUCCUGAAUCUCUUACACAUACUGAUAUCAAUUUAACAGAUACUUGCCAGACUGUAAGCACCUACAGUCCAAAGACAAUUGGAAAGCUUUCCCCAUUUCCUUCCUCCUCGCAGAGGAAUAUUUGAGGUCAAUUUGGGAGAAUCAAAAUAGCUUCAGGAUUGUUCUCCUGUACUAUUUCAGACACGUGGUUUAUAUACUUAUGUAUGUGUUUGCCUUGUACAUUUAUGAACAUUUAUUUUAUAUAUAUAAUACCUUAGAAUUCCUAUAACAUCAUUCACCACCUUCCUGCUCCUGGCAUAUUUCUCUCCUAGGCUGCUCUGAACAUGCUCACACGGUGCCAGUCCCUGGGAUUUGCUGAAGACGAGAUCCUGUGUGUUGCGCUGCAUCCUGGGUGGUUACAGACAGACAUGGGAAAUUUUGAAGUAAGUGGUUCAUGGUGCCCUCCACUUCCCAGAGGUCAUCAAAUGCACUGAAACACUGGGCCUGCUUCCAACUGAGGCUCAGAAUGGAUAAUACCAUAUACACUCGAGUAUAAGCCAAUCCAAAUAUAAGCCGAGGCACCUAAUUUCAGCACAAAAAACUGGGAAAACUUAUUGACUUGAGUAUAAGCUGGUUCACCACACCACAAACCUGUGGUGGCGGCAGCGGCAGAGGAAGAACAAGCAGCCCAAAAGUUUGUACUUACUUGUACUGUUCAGUUCCCGCCCUAUACCCUAGGAUCACACAUGUUCUAAACUCUGUGCCUGGCAAACACCAGCCCAGUGGCAGAUAUCCGUUGCUUCCAAAAUGCCCAGAGUUUGAACGUUGGAGCAUUUGUCAAGAGAAUGCUUCUCUGGUUGCCCUUGAUACGUGAACUUGGUGUAAGUGCAAACUGCCCUGUGAUCCUCGGAUGAAGGGUGGUAUAGAAAUGAACAAAUAAUAAAAAUAAAUAAUAGUGUGUUGCUUUCACCCAUUUGUCAUCAUUACAUAUUUGCACAGUGCAAGAAAUAUAUCGCUUAACUCCUGUUCUCCUUUUCCAGGGUAUACUAGCCCCAGUGAAAGUGGAUGAGGGUGUGAAAGAGAUCCUAAACACCCUUGCGUGUCUCUCAGAGAAAAACAAUGGCACUUUUGUAAACAUCGAUGGGGAAACCCUUCCCUGGUGAAAGCACAAUGUUACUGUCCUCACUGCAAUGGGAAACCAGCACCACGGGCAAUCCAAAUACCUGAUUAGAUGAACUUCAAUUUCAAUAAAUGCAACAAGUUCUGCUGAAAAUAUUAAAACUUCCUUCUAGCUGCUCUGUGUGGCAGAGAUUCCUUCUGGUUGCUUUAUAUGACCUAGCCUGUCUGUUAGUUGUUUUUGUCUUAUGUCACUAUUGUGCCUUCUCACAAACAUAGUCUCAGAGUGAUACACAAUGUAAGGGUCUUCUCAAUCCUGAAAAAAAUGCAAAAGGGAAAAACUUGUUCUCAAAAGUGCUAGCCAAGCAGAUUUCUUACAGGUCAAUGUGUGUUGGAACACUGGUUCCUUUUUCUGGGGAGAUCUACACAGAAUUAAAAAUAUAAGUUUAAUGCUGAUCUAUGAACAAAAUUACACACAAUACUAAUUAGAAUAGUGAAACGUAACUAAUCUGAGUUACCAACUGAAAUUAGACAAAUGCCACACAUGUUGAUAUUUAGGCAGCUAUUGAUUUUUUUGUUUUUAAAUAAGGCUUUUAAAGACCUAGUCAUUUCAUGGAAUAACAACUGUAUAAUCAUAGAAAUAGUUUGAAUGUGUUCAGUUACUGAGUUUGUAAUCUUUCAUAUUUCAUAUUUGAUUUUAUUCUACACUGCUUUGAGAAGUUUUGAUUGUGAAGCAGUUUAUAUACCUGCAAGUAAAUAAAAUGCAAUUAGUUACAUUUA